CGUCAAAACGCAACAACAACAACAAUCUGUCGUGCGUCGUUAUCGUGUUGAUUCGUGAAUUCUGGACUUAGUGUGAAUUAGUGAUUGUUUCGAACCUUCUGCUUUAUAAAUUGUAAUUGUAAUUUUAUUGAAAACGGCAUUCUGUUGGUUUACACCAUAGUAUCAGGACAAGGAAAUAAUUUCAACAGAAAAAGAAGAUAACAGCUUUAUUUGAGAAUUAGUCUGAAAUUUACAACUAGAAAUGGCUCGAACGAAGGAAGCAUGCAUGAUAAUACUGGAUAUAGGUGCAGACACUUCAGUCAAAAGCGGUAAACAUGACCAAUCGUUCUUUGAAAGAGCAAAACACUGCGUUUCGAAGAUAAUCCAAAGAAAGAUUUUCAGCAAGCCCCAAGAUGAGGUAGGGUUGAUUCUUAUGGGCACUGAACAAACCAACAAUCAGCUGAAUAUCGAGUACGGAGGUUACGAGAACAUUUCCGAAGCCUUUGAACUGGGCCCAAGCAAUUGGCAAAUGCUAAGAAUUAUGGAAAAACAAAUAAAACAUCCUUCAAAGGUCAAUGCGGGAUGGUUUGAUGCGUUAGUUGUUGCAAUGAACUUUCUAAAAAUUGGUGCACAAGCCAAAAAAUUUGCCUCGUUAAAAAUAAUUCUCGUUUCUACACUUUCGGUAUCUUCCUGUCUCGAUACAGAUCAGAUCGAAUCAGUUGCUAAAAAAAUGACUGACAUGUCAUGUGAGUUAAAUAUUAUUAAUGACAGCGUUGUACAACAUUUUGAAGCCGAUGAUGAAGUCGAAGAUAAUGCAAUAUUCGAUACACAAGGUGUAUUCAAUGUACAUCAACAGAAAAGUGAAGAGCAGCGAAGCAACGAAAAACUUAUUGCCGAUAUAGUGUACCAAUCGAAUGGGGCGCUUUGUAAUAUUGAUUCUGCAGAGCUGCUUUUGAUACAUUUCGAGAAAAAGGCAACCAGGGCGGCUCCAUGGAAUAGUGUUCUUUCAAUUGGAACUAAAAUACAAAUCAGCAUUUCUGCGUUCUUGAUGAUUAGCGAAGAAAAGGGAUUAGGUUCUUUCAAAACCGAAAGUAUGGAUCCUAAUGUUUCUGUUAAGUAUAGAACUGAUUAUUUCAAAAACGAUAAGCCCUAUGAACCUGAAUACGAAAAUUUAAUCAAGGGCUACAUGUACGGAUCCACUAUAGUACCAUAUGAUAGUCAAAUGGACAUCGAUUAUAAAUCUGGUGAGCAGAGAUUGUCUUGUUUGGGCUUUACUGCAGCUGGAAAUAUAUUAGAAGAAUACUUAUGCGGAAAUGGAACAUACGCCGUUGUUGGUAGGAAAGAUUGUGCUGCUUCCGAGGCAAAAUUGACCGCUUUGAUAAAAGCUAUGAUUGAACUGGAAGUGGUCAUGAUCGCAACCAGAGUAUAUAGGCGUGAUACACGUCCUAAAAUUAACGUUUUAAUGCCGACUUAUCGGAAGCGCUACCCAUGUUUGAUUAUGUUGGAAUUAUGUUUUCAAGAGGAGCUUGUAUUACUAAAAUUCCCCCCUCUACUUUCCAACAAGUACAAACCUACCGAAGCGCAGUACGAUGCAAUUGACAAACUGAUUGAUACUAUGGAUUUAAUGGAUGCACUAGAUGAAGAAACUGGCAGUAAAGAAGCAUUUGCUUUAAACAAAACCCUGAAUCCUAUCCACCAGCACAUGUACAGAUCAGUCGCACAUCGAGCGCUCCACCCUAAAGCUCCUCUUCCUGCGAUGGAUGAAGAGCUUAAGAAGCUUGUUGGUAUUCCGCCUAAAGUGAAGGAAAGAUCGAAAGCUGCUUUAGAAGAGGUGAAAAACUUGUUCCCGCUUAAAGAAAUAAAAGUUAAUGCACGCAUCAAGUGGCUACAGAGAACAGCUAAGAUUAAUAUUGAAAACGAUGCUUUGGCUGUCGGCUCAUCACAGAACCAAGCUGAUUUGGAGGAUGAACUAGAUGAUCAACGAACAAUAAUAGAAGUUGGCACUGUUACUCCCGCUGAAGAUUUUGCAUUACUGCUAAAGCGUGGUGAGAAGUUUGCAACACUGAGUAACCAAAUUCAAACCGUCAUAUCUGAUUUGGUUUUCAAAUCCAUGACCAUCCAGCAAGAGAAAAUAGCAAUGGCUGUGAUGAUGUACCGCGAAGAAGCGAAAAUUCUUGGCCCGUAUCGAUACAACAACUGGAUUGGGGAAUUUAAAAAGAGCUUACUCGCUCGCAACAAACAGGAGUUUUGGGAACAGGUGAUUGUAAAAGAACGAUUCGGAUUAAUUGAUGCCACGGAAAGUGAGGCAAGCACAGUAACUGCUAAUGAAGUCGAAGACUUUUAUAAUGUUGUUACGAGCAAAGUUAGCACUUCAGGAGACAAUGCCGACUAUAUUGAUGCGGAUGAUCUCUUUGCUAAUAUGUAGAUUUUAUGGAUCGACAUAACGUUUAAUCUGUUUGUUUAGUCCUGGUGUAUUAUAUGUUAUUUAAAAAAAAUCUGCUGCAGUAUA